GCUUGAUUGCAGAUCCUCGGAGGCUAUAACAAGCCCGUCAUUUCGGUUCAACAAUCAUUGGCUCAAAAAGAUUUUCGAGCAAUCGGAAACAGACAGACCUGGGGUUUCGUUAUCAAACGUUAAUGAUAGAUCAUGGCUGUAGCAGGAAAAAGGAUCGCCUAUGCGGAGGCUUUUGACGGAGAUGUGAAAGAUUCGAAUUUCCGUCUUGAAAAAAUCCAGGUUCCUGCGCCUAAAGAUGGAGAGGUUCAGCUGGAAGCCGUGUAUCUAACGGUAGACCCUUACAUGAGAUUAUUGACUCCACCGGUGGGGGAAACAAUGGUCGGAGAGCAAGUCGCAAAGGUGGUUGCGAGUAAGGAUAAGAAUGUUCCUGUAGGUACCUUGGUUCAAGCCCAGACUGGGUGGUCAUCGCAUUCUAUUGCCAAGGGAAGUGACGUCGUACCGGUACCGAAAUUCACUUCAAACGAUUGGCCAAAGUCUCUGGCACUCGGUCUGCUCGGUAUGCCUGGAAUAACGGCUUACUUUGCCUUUUUGGACUGCUGUCGUCCAAAAGCAGGGGAAACGGUAGUUGUGAGCGGAGCCGCUGGUGCCGUGGGCGCGGUCGUUGGACAGAUAGCCAAAAUCAAGGGUUGUCAAGUGAUUGGCUUUGCAGGCUCUGACAAGAAGGUUCAAUACCUAAAGGACAUAGGAUACGAUGUGGCCGUCAAUUAUAAGACAAUGGGAGACUUGGACAAGAAAUUGAAGGAGGUAGCCCCCAAAGGAGUAGACUGCUACUUCGAUCUGAUUGGAGGGGAGUUUUCCAGUACGGUUAUCUACAACAUGAACGCGCAUGGCCGUAUAUGUGUUUGUGGAUCCAUCAGCGCCUACAAUGCGAAAGAGCCCCCUAAAGCGAGAAUCCUUCAACCAGCAAUCAAUGGUCAGCGUCUAUCAAUCCAAGGAUUCCUUGUCUUCGAUCAUAAGGAUAAAUACAUGGUGGCCGUAAAACAACUGAUGAUUUGGCUUCAAGAGGGUAAGCUGAAAUACCAGGAGCAUGUGACCAAGGGAUUUGAGAACACACCCAAGGCUUUCAAGGGGCUAUUCACUGGAGCAAACUUCGGCAAAGCCAUCGUCCAGAUAUAAACAUCUCAGAGCAAAAGGAGUAACUCAUCCAUUUGCCAUUAUAAGAUGUAUUACGAUCACCGACAGAUUCUGAUGCUGCCAUUAGUUUUGUUGAAAACAAAUUUAGAAGCUCGUCAGACUCUUAUGGUAGUCGCUAACCUCAUACAAUGAAAUAAAUCAUCUGGCUUUUUACUACUUCCGUAAGAAUAUUAUCGUCAUGAUGGCGGUGCUAAAUGAAAUGUUCGAAUUCAAUAUUACUGAUCAUAAACAACGAAAAACAAAUACUGUCUUCGUAUUUCAAAUGGAAAGUAUGCUGUAGAAGUCUAUGCGAAAAAGAGUGGGAAAGGGGGAUUUGAAAGAAUGAAUAACAUGAUGAAUAUUGAUUAAUUAUAUUGUUAAUCUUCUCUUUACCAUUUCCUCUAUUAUACGAAUAGUAAUAUAGUAAUGUUUCUGUGUUCCUUAACAACUGUGUAAGAGAAGCAAAUCUUAUCCGGAAUUUGAUUUUUCCUAUUAGGUUUUAAAUUCAAAUUGAAAUAUUAUGCAAGCUUUCCAAUCUCAAAGCCUGUCGGAUGUUUACUCAACAUAGAAUAUAACCUCAAUAUCCAGAUGAUCUUUGAUGGUUAGGUUAUGCACGGUGGUGUAUAUGAAUUCAUAUGUUUGCGGUUUCACCCGAGAAGGACUGUUUUGGUUUGGAAGGGGAUAGAGAAGAAAGUGAGAGAGCGAUAUUAUUUCGGUCCUACAAAAGAACAUUAAGGGGCGUCCGGUAUUGGGUUAAGUGACCGUACUUGUAAGUACAUAAUGGAAGAACAUUAGCCUUGAAGUUUAAUGAAUUUUGGAAAUUAAAUUGAUAUACCAAGGACUAAUUGCAAAAUACAAUAUUGUUAUUGAAGUGGUGUUCGUAUCUGAAAUAAAAUCUGAAAUAUUUAGUUUAUCAGCAAUAUUUUUAAUCGAGCUGUUGCAGUGUAGGACAAGUCAUGGUUCGAGUUUUGCCUAUGUUUAUUUUCAUUCGUAAUAUAAAACUACAUUCCAUAUCUUGUGCAUGCCAUCCCUCCUUUAAACGAUAUGAUAUGAUAUGUUUACCCUUAUGAUAGUCCACAUUCAAAAUAGAAGGACUCUAAAAUAUCAACCGAGACAAUUUAUCAUGCUUUACUGUAAGAACGUCAAUAUUUUCUGUUCGUUUGUGUAUAGAGAAGAAAAAUUGCAGUAGACGUAGAACAUGGAAAGGAAAGGCAUUUAAAAAUAAGAUCGAUACAGGUUAAAUUAUGUUAUGAGCAGAAUAUGGAUAGUUAUAGUUUUGAAGCCUUUCUCAUGCUAAUGACACAAAGGACUUUAGAAGAAAAAGAGCAAGCUUAGCCAUUUGCAAACCAAUAGUUGCAAAUUGCCUAGUUUUAAUUAAAUUGGAAAGAAAUUUGAUUGCUAAUCUUUAAUAAAUCGCCAAAUGAUUGUACUCUGGUGGCGGUAAUUGCCGCGAAGAUCCAAGAUUUUGAGUAACAAAUCGAAGCGUGCACCAUGUCAUAAUUAUUUACCUUUUAUCAGGAUCAUGAUUAUUCAUCAUCAUAUUUUUUUCUUGAGCGCGGUCUUUUGCAAGAGUUAUGAUAGUCAUUUUUAUCCACAUUGUGUAGUAUAUCAAGUUGAACAAACUUUGCUUAAAAGCUGAAUGCUAUGAAAUAAAAUGCUUUGUAAUGUAGA